UAUUUGUCGUUCAUUUUUCAUCUUUUCCUCAUUUCUUCUCUGUUUCCUCUUUCAGGCCCACACUUACAUUAUAAUUCUCAGAGAAAACUGCAAACUUGCUUGCCUUCUCUGUUUGAGUUCCUGUAAAAAACAAUGGUGAAAGCUGGCAAAUGGUUCAGGAACUUCUUGACCGGAAAAAAAGAGAAAAGCCAAGAAAAGGAGAUUGAAAAAAGUGUAUGGCUGCAGCUUCCACCGCCACCGCCACCGCCACCGACAACCCCAAAAGAGAAGAUGAGGAGAAAUUUCAACCAGGAAAUGGAGAAAUACAAUCCAAAAGAACAAUUUACGUUCUUCUUUGUGCCGGAGUUCGAUCAGAGGCGGUAUGGCGUGGCUGUGGCUUCAGCCACUGAAGCUGCUGUUUAUCUUGCAAAAGCAGCGAGAAGGAAAUCCAGGUUUGCUCCAAUUGAAGAAAUUGCUGCAAUCACAAUACAGUCUUCAUUCAGAUCUUACUUGGCCAGAAAAGCUCUACGGGCAUUGAAGGCACUGGUGAAGUUGCAGGCGGUGGUGAGGGGUUUCCUGGUGAGGAAGCAAGCUGCGGCUACUCUUCGAAGCAUGCAAGCUCUGCUGGCAGCACAAGCCAGAGCUCAAGCUCAAAGAGUUCAAAUAAUGGAAGUUGUUCAUGAAUUGCCAUUGAAGGAAAGCAGGAAGAUGAUGAGCCAGUUUAAAUUACAGCAGUUGCAGAAAUCAUACUUGGAAGAUAUGGAGAAGAAUAUGGAAAUAUACAUAGAACAAUCAAAAGGCAGCUCAAAGAGCAGGAAGAGCAAUCAAAUUGCACACAGUGAUAACUUCAGCUACCUGAAGGCCUCUUCAGGUCCUUCAGUCUUAAAUGAGAUGAGCAGAAGGGCGCAAAGCGCUCGCUUCGAUGAGUUCUCCUCCUUCACUGCAUCGAAGAAUAGCUAUCAGUUCUCAUCAGGAGCUUCUAACAGGCCUGGAAGAAUGAGCUUUUCCGAGGAACUUCUAAUGCAAGAGAAGCCUUACCUGAUUUCCCCUGAAUCACCACCGCAACCAAGCUACAUGGCCCAGACUGAAUCUUGGAGAGCCAAAGCAACAACACAGAGCGUGCCAAGGAGAAUUCCUGAAUCUUUUGAUCAAAAACUAUCGAGUAAACAAAGAGAAUUUGAAGGAAGGAGCUUUGGCAGAGGCGCAGCAAGCAAAUUCCAUGAAAGAUGUUCUUGAUUGGACUGAGUUAAUUGACUAAU